UUUACGACGUGCUCACCAAAUUCUAUUCGCUAUGAGAUAUACAGCGGGUAAAUUUAUCAAUUCUAUGAGCUAUAUAGCUCAUAGAAUUGGUAAAUUUACCCGCUGAUGUGGGCUGAUGUGCAGAGAGUUAUCAGCCAACAUUCAUCCAUUGUGGAAUUAAAAACUGAAGUCACGUGCAGCGGGAAACAGGUUGCAAUACAAAGCUUAUUCAAAAUGGUUCAUUUCUACAUACUUUAUAUUUUAAUUCUGACAAAAGUGAGUGUACCUAUAUACUCAAGUACCGUUGCAAAGCCAUCGAAUAACUGCAUAGUUAGCCUUUCCAUUCCACAAGAGAACAUUAAAACUGUUUGCGAUGGUGGUGAUAGCUACCAUAUUGAUCAAAAACUUAGAUCUACGGACAUUCAGAUAUCUUCACUCAGACAUAAGAUCAACAACAUGAAUGUAAGACUUGCAUACACAUUAACACAAGAUGGUAAAUGUAAUUGUGCAACAUAUAUUCCAGAAAGACUUCUGACAGUGGAACAAAAUGUUGCAAAUCUACAAGCGAAAUUUACAAAAUUAGGACAGUAUGAUGAAACGAACCCGACAAAUAAAGGUUUAAGAAAUAAGAAGAAUGUUCGAUGGGUAAGUGAUGAUUCUGUCAUAGAAAGGGAAGAGAUUACAAAAAAGAAAUUUGCUCGAAUAAUAAGAAAUAUAAUCAGAAAAGAACUGAAAAUUAUCAAACAAGAAAAGCAGCGAAAUGUUUUACAUAAUCAUGAAUAUUUUGGACAAGAAAGUAGAAUUAAACAAAAUCUCGAUAAGCUCUUAGGCGUUAUGAGGGUUGCUGACCUAGAAUUGGACAGAAAAAGUGCUUUAAGUAAACACAAUAUCAAACACAUGCAAGCAGACGACUCUUUUGUCGAAAAUCGUCCAGGGAUCUUCAGUUUUGUCAAAGCAAUGCCUGAAAAUGAAAAAUCCGAACAUUACACACCCGAAGACAAACUUAACGAUUCUGGUUUCAAUGAUAACGACAAAGGGCAUAUGACACGUAGAAUGGAGGAAAUGGAACACGAUAUUGAAACUUUGGCAAAUGGAAUUGCCGCAUUGCAUGAAAACAUGUUUGAUAGCAAAGAUAUCAGAAUUCAAUUCGAAGACGAAAAAAUAUCUAUGGAAAAUAGAAUACUAGAAAAAUGUAGUAAAGAAUAUCAUUCAUUGAAAUUGGAGAUAGAAUACAUGACAAAUCAAACACAGAUAGUAUAUAAACUCCUGCAAGCCACGGUGAAAUCACAAAAACAAUUGCAAGCAAGUAUUCAGAAUUUUAAUGCUACAUUUAAGCUAAAGAACUACGACAUUGAAAGAAAUAUUUCAAGAAUAUCUUCACAACUGGAUACUUUAUAUGGAACGCUUGAUUUGUAUCCUAGCUAUUCAGAUACCAAUGUUGAUGAUACUAUAAAAAUGUUGGAAAUGGAGGAGACAGUUGCUUUUGUUGGUGAAAUUAAGAACAUUUGGCCAACUUUAGUGAGCAAUUUGACAACAAUUGCAAUACGGCAGGAAGAUAUUAUGAAAGUGGUGGACAAUUCUUCAAGGAAAUAUGAAACAGAAAUAGAAACAAUGAAUAAAUAUGAACAGAGUCAAAAUAGCACUGCUCGUAAUAAUUUGAGAUCUUACAGACUGAUUUUAGUUAUCAUAAAUAUUUUCCAGUAUUUUGUAUUAUAUAAAAUUUAGUCUAUAGCUGUCUCUUCGAAUUAUAGGAAAUCGUGUAUACAAUAAAACACAAGUUCAGAUUUCUGAUAAAAAUCUAUAAAGCUUGUGUUCCAUCUGGAAUUAUAUGAUGCUCAAAAAGUAGCAAUUACUUUAAAUAGAAUACCGGGUAUUAAAUAAACAUUUAAAAUGUCAAAUUUCUAAACAUGAUAUUGCUAUUUAAUAAAUGAUCAGUUACUUUAGAUGAAAUUGCUAUCAUUUUUAUGACACCAUAAAUAUGACCCUUUAAAACCCAGUGUCAAAUAUGUAUUCCAGUGCCUUCCAAAUAUACAGAUAUACACGAUGUGUUGAUUUAUGUUUAACACAGGUCGAAGUAUAAACAUAUCUAGAUAAAACGAUUUUUUACAAAACAUUCAUUUCAUUCUUAGUUUUUCUUUUAGUAAGAAAAGACUCAUCAACAUUAUGUGCUUUGUUUCUAAUAGAAUUCAAUAUUGAACGGUUAAGCUAAAUGCAUAUCGACAAUGCCGGCCUAUGAUUGAAUGCGAUAGUUGCAUUACAAUACUUUUCCACACUAAACACAAUUACAACAGUGUAUGUGACUUAAGGUACUUUUAAUGUUUUCAAGCUUUUGAAGUAAUAAAACGAUAUAAUUCAGUUCAUUAAUUACUGUAUAUGCUCACAUAAUUUUCCAUUACACGUUUAGAAAAUAUGUUCGAUUGUUAGUAUUUUGAGUGCCCACUAUCUCCUCGGUUGCUUAAGCAGUGUUCUAUUUGUCCAAAGUGUCCAAAGCACUAUAUGCCUUUACAGUGCUUCUCUUCUUGAAACGGACAGACUCAUCCUUCUAAAAGUGAACUGGUAGCUAUCUUGAUCUACUUCUAUACAGAACAGAACAGAACAGAACAGAAUUUUAUUGAGACUUGUACAUCGUACAUCGUCUAAACACUAAUAUUACAAUAUACAUAGUCACGUUCAUACAAUUUUAAAGAAAGUAACAAACAUGUUAUUAACAACUAGAAAAAAGAAAACUAUACCUAGACAUAUAGUAUAUAAUCAAAUAAAAUGUAAUUAACAAAGGAA